UUCUGGUUUCCUAGCAACCGGUGUGUUUGACGCUGUGGAGUUUUUCGGUGGUCUCCAGUAAUAAAACUCGAGUCUCGAAACAAACAAACCUCGGACUCAAAAUGUUCAACGUUGAGCUCAUUUCCGACCGCCUCGCCAGAACAAAUCUGGAAAGACGUCGCCAAAAGGAACGGGAAAGGCAGGAACGAAUUUUUAACGAUAAAAUGAGGACGAUUGGGGUUGACAAAGAUGCUUUAGACGUGCAGGUGAAAGAGAAGAGUCAAGAUGAAGAAGACGCAAAAAUGGAAGAAAAUGGCUACAAUGCUGAUGUGCUCCAACAGAACAAAGCAGCCCGUAUUCUCCAGCACAGACAGGAGAAGGAGAAGCGCAAGAUGGAGAAAAACCUCCAGACCUACAGGUUUCAGAACCAGCACCUUCGGACCCGACGUGAGUUUGAUCUGAAUGACCCUGACCGCUUCAAAAAGAUGGACCAGAGUGAUGCUCGGAUGCUGCUGCCUGGCCUGGUGGGUGAGGACCAGGACCGUCAGGGCAGACGGCAGAGACAGCGGGAGCAGCUCAGGGACUGGCUCAUCCAGCAGCAGACUGAGCWGGAGGAAGAGAGGCGUCAGCAACUGAUGGAAGACCAGAGCUACGACCAAAGCAGGGUAGAAAUGGACAACGAGGCUGUAGAGCAACAGAACUUUGAGAUGGAAAGGAGAAGGGCAGCUGCCAUUGCCAUGAACGACUAUAACAGAGCCAUGAUUGAGGACAAAGGCCAUCAGGAUGAGGGGGAAAGUAACGUGCUGCAGAGCCGUGUGGGAGUGCCCGGCCUGUGUCUCAGCAAAGACAGAAAAGCCCCUCCUGAGAGCCUGCAGCAGGUCAUUCAGUUCCAGAAGAACCAAGUAGAGGAGAAGAAGAGGAUGGAGUUCGAAAGGAAGCAGGAGGAGGAAAGCUACGACCGCCUCCGCCUGGACUCGGCUCGUGCGGCUCUGCUGAUGGAGCGGCAGCAGGCCAGGUUUAAGAAGCAGCUGAGGAGGAACCUGGACAGCGUCAAUGUUCAGUUGGCUCAAACUCACAAACAACAGAAGCCAGACAUUGAUAGAGGCUGUAUAGAAGAGAGCUUCUUCUCACAAUUUAACACCUGCAGCAGAUGAUGGAUGACUCAYCGUAAUGAGAAGUGCUGGAAAAACCAGUGUGGCUGAGGAACAAUGAAUAAAAAGAGCUAUGCAAUAAAACAACA